AAUGUUCAUGUUUAGCCAAUACAGAUAAAUCUUAAUAAAAUAUGUAAAUAAUUAUGAUCAUUUAAAGGAGACAUAUUGGACAACAAUGAUUAAUUAUUCUUAUUAUUAAGAAACACUUUAAUUCAACUGCCAUUUAAUAAUCAAGUAAGUUAGUGGUUUAUUUCAUGAAAAUUUGAUUGAAACAACCCUAAACGCGUCGAAAACAUUGUUUAAAAUUAAAAAUCAAUCAACAACCGAAAUAGUAUUUACAGUUGCUGUAACCAAGGGAACGCCAGUGGUGUAGAAUAGGGGCGCGUGCCCCGGAAACAUCGCCACCGUCUAGUUUGUGCGGUGUCCGAGCGCGACUCACAUGCAGGUGACACCGAAUUAGAGCCGCCGCCGACGCGUCCGUGAACGGAAGAGGUUCAACAUGUUGUCCGGUGGCACCCCAUUUUUUUAACAACAUUCGCCCGGUGUGGUUCGGUGAAUCAGCGGAUACCAUGGCCUAUUUACUGGUCGUCGCCGGCUUUGUAGCACUUUUUUCAGUCUCAUCCGCAAUAGAAUGUUAUCAAUGUUCAGCUGGAAAGUCCAUCGAUUGUUCCGACGUGAUGGUCCACAUGGGCGCUCUGGAGCCGCAAAGCUGCGAUAACGUCUUCGAGGCCCAAUACUGCGUCAAAUCCACCAGCCUCGAUGAAGGAAUUGGCCCCAAACGAUUUUGUUCGUCCGUCGACCUGGGUAACUAUUGUAACUACGUGCGACAACCUGGAGACAUUUUGACGUACAGGAGCUGCGUCUAUACAUGUUCCACGGAUGGCUGCAACUCCUCCUCACCUUUAGUUGCUUGUAGUGUCCUCCAUUUUAUUAUUUUUAUGGCUGCUGUGGCCAUUUGUAGAUAAAUUAAUCGUAGGAAAUGUUUAAUUUUUAUAAUUUCAGGUGAUUUAUGUAUUUAUUUAUGGGCAAUGUGCCAAAGUUUUUGAUAAUUUUAUUGUACUUUAGGUCAGCAAUGUAAAUAUAAUUGUA